CAUCAACUCACCUUUCCAGCGCCUCUCAUGUCUUCGUCCUGCCAGGGGUUACUGGCCGCUCUCAAGGACUGUUUGAUGCACUCGGACUGUGUCAUGAAGAAAGGACUCCUCCCGUCCGAAUGCCUUCGUGACCAUACAGAUGGACUGCCAGAAGAGUGUCAGUCUCUCCGGAAGGCGACAUUCGAAUGCAAACGUGGAAUGCUCGACAUGAGGAAGCGAUUCAGAGGAAACAUAAUUGGGUCACAAUCUGUACAUUACGAAGAGGAUUCCGAUAACCGCUCUGUUCAACCGCGACAAUCGUAAAACUUGCCACAACAUCGCGCUUUUACAUUUGUAGAACUAUACUAUCAAACGUACCAAAUCAGCUAGCCGUCGUGCACGAUGACAGAAGCAUGUUCAAGCAUGGCUGAUCCGCGUCCGAAUACAUCGUUUGAUCAUAGGGAAGCGGUGUGCAGUAUAGAUACGCCAAGUCUGUUGCUAGCUCAGCUGUAUUCAUAACUAGGAUUUGUUGAUAGUAGUGCAACGAGGGGUCGUCUUUAGGUGCUC